AUGCACUUCUCUUCUCACACCGUGCACUCCAUCGUUGCGAAGUCAACAACCAUACCGUCGUUCUUAGGUUCACGCACAAGGAGAAUGUCCUUCUUCUCGAGGAAGAAGCAACAGCCAGCGGCCCAGCCUCCCGCCUCCGUCACUGUCGCCCAAUCCCCGAGCCAGGCACUCGCACAGGUAUCCAACGUGGGCCCAAGAGAUGUCCUCCCUCAACAGCAGUCCGGGAGUUUGCGUGGGGAUAGCGUCCUAGCCGGAAAUGCUGCCGGAAGCAGCAGCCCCGCGCCCAUGCUGCAACCCCAACAGCAGCAGCAGCAGCAGCAGCCCCGGCCCCAAAAUCGCAGCAAUGGCCCCACCACCGGCGGGCAACCCCCAAAUUCAACGCAGCCCUCUCGUCCACCGCCUGCUUUUCCAUGGUCAGCCCAGCGCCUAAACCUCCUCCCACCAACCGUCCUCCCCAAGCCAGGCGUCGCGCCUCCCACUUCGCCCUCGCCCUCACCUUUUCCGCGAUACGGCCAUGCACUGCCCGCUACCGCCAACUCCAAGGGCGAACUCUACCUCUUCGGUGGUCUCGUCCGCGAAAGUCCACGGAACGAUGUCUACCAAUUCUCGACGACGACCAACUCUGCGAGCCUCUUCCACACGACCGGCGUGGCUCCAAGUCCCCGAAUGGGUCAUGCGAGCGCUCUGGUCGCCAAUGUGGUGAUUGUGUGGGGUGGGGAUACAAAUACGGACCCAAACUCGAAAGCGACUGAUAGACAUGAUAACGGGCUGUACCUCUUGAAUCUAAAAACGCAAGAGUGGAAUCUGCUUGAGGUCUCUGGGCCGGCACCGGUGGGCCGAUAUGGCCACGCCGUGACAAUGGUCGGCACAAAAUUCUUCGUAUUCGGUGGUCAGGUGGACGGAGAGUUCUUGAACGAUCUCUGGGCUUUCGACCUCAACUCACUGAAAACGAGAUCUGCUUGGGAACAAUGGGAGCCUGUGACGAGCGAACGACCAGCACAACGGACAGGCCACGUGUGUAUAACAUUCGAAGACCAAAUCAUCGUGUUCGGAGGCACUGACGGUAAAUAUCACUACAACGACACAUGGUCGUUCAACCUGCAAACGAGGAGAUGGACAGAGCUGCAGUGCAUAGGCUUUAUUCCUUCGCCACGAGAGGGCCAUGCAGCUGCCAUCGUUGGCAAUGUGAUAUAUGUCUUUGGAGGGCGGGGCGUUGAUGGCAAGGACUUGGACGACCUUGCCGCCUUCAAGAUAUCAAAUCAACGAUGGUACAUGUUCCAGAACAUGGGUCCAUCACCCAGCGGGCGUUCUGGACAUGCCAUGGCAUCCAUAGGCACCAGAGUCUUCGUCCUUGGAGGUGAAUCCUUCUCGCCCUCCAAAGGCGACGAUGCCAAUAUCACCCAUGUUUUGGAUACAAAGCACAUCAAGUAUCCGGAAGACAACCGAGGACCAGCCCCUCAAGCAGUGCCUCUGGGUAGCCAAAACAACCUGCGAAGGCCUUCGAUGACUGGCCAAAAUGUUCAGAACCAGCAGCAAGGCCCACCUCCCCAGGCAGCGCAAAAUCCUCGUUCAAUGUCACCUACUGUUACACCUCAGCGCGCCAUAUCGCCUUCAGGCCGGGCCAACGGUCUCCAGCAACAGACUUUCUCUUCAGCUACGGGCACGCCACCUGGCAAAACGCCUCUACGACCAAGAAGAGAGGACGAGCUGAUCGAUGGUGCAGAUGACGGCUUUGACGUGGGCAGCAGCGAAUCAUAUCAGCCCCAGUCGCGAGCGAAGAGUCCCGCGCAGACAGGCGGUGGGAACCGUGCCGUCUCGCCUUCGAUGAACGGUGGGCAGGCACCCAACAUGGUCGGUGUUUCUAUGGGUAUCAACGGGGUCACCGGGCGGUCGUCCCCUGCAGUUGCUGGACGGUCGUCGCCUCUCACAGGUCGCGCUUCGCCGGUGGUCGAGCGUUCGCGACCGAGCGAGGGCAGCACGGAGAGUUACCGAAACCCGAAUAACAUCUCGCCGACAAUAAACGGCUUCGUGCGGCCGUCGUCGCGGACGGGCAACGGCUCGGUGGGCAACGUCACUGCUGACCUGAUCAGGGACAUCAAGGCGAAGGAUGUGGAGCUGGAUAGCGUGAAGCGGCAGGUCGCGUGGAUGAAGGAAGCGCUGGCAAAGGCGACACGUGCGGGCUUCGUGCAGACGGAUAGGGAGGGCAGUCCCGAGAUCGGCGGUGUGGGUGGGUCGGAUGAGGGUCAGGAUAGCAAGCAUGCCGAGUUGGCGCUCAAGUUUAAGCAGUUCCGGGCUCAGGUCCAGACGGCUAUGGCAGAGCAAGCGAAGCAGGCUUCGGAACGGGUCGCGGAGGCCGAGCGUAUCAAGUCGGGCGCGACACAAGAGGUGGCGUAUUAUCGCGCUAAAGCUGCUGCUUUGGAGGCCAAAAACGACUCGGAGGCGCAGCGAUUGGAGCGCACCCGUAUUUCGGAGCUGGAGAACCACAUGUCCGCUCUCAUGAACGAGCGAUGGGCUCAAGAUCGCAAGGUCAAUGAGCUCAACGAUUCGAUCGCUCUCCAGACCAUGUUGUAUGACCAAGCAGAGGCACGUGCUACUGAUGCCAUCAAGCGGCAUGAGAAGAUGGAUGAGGCCCAUACGCGUACCGCGCAGCUUUACAAUGACCUCCUGGAGAAGUAUGAGACGAUGGAGGUCAGGUUCAGAGACCAUCAGGACAGACUCGUUAGCCAGAGUUCGCUCCUUGAGCAACGGGAAGCGGACGAGGUCAGCCUGCGUGCUCAGGUGGACGAGCUGACACAAUCGCGGGAUCAGCAUAUUCGGGCAUUGGACCAGGCGCGAAUAGCCUUGGAAUCCGCGUCGGCACGGGCCACGGAAGUCGACCUGCAGCACGAACGAGCACUUGACACCAUCAAGCGGCUAGAGGCCGAUGUCGCCGAGCUUCGUGGCGAACUUGAGACACGGACGGCGGAGGCCGAUGCUGCGAGAGCCAGACUAACAGACGUCGAAAAUUCGUGGGCGAAGUCUCGCGAAGAGGCAGAUGCCUUCCGUGCGCUCACCACGACGAGUCUCGGCGAGCUGCUCGACACACAUCGUGACCUGAAGGCGGAUGAGGACAGAGUACUCCGCGGGCACUCUGAGAAGAUCCAAGCUGUGGAAGCCGAGGCCCAGUCACUGCGCCUGAUGCUACGAGAGGCAACUCAGCGAGCUGACGAGUCCACGAAACAGCUCGCCGAGGAGCGAAAGCGCGGCCAAGAGCACCAGACAGAAGCUUCUCAUCUCCAGGCCCAAAUCAUCGUUCUCCGCGGUCAGCUGGCAAAUGCUGUCACCGACACUGUACGUCUGCGCAAAGAUCUUUCUAGCGUCGAAAGCAAUCUCCGCGACAAGUCAAAGGAAGUCACCGAUCUCACCACCAAAAUUGGCAUGCUGUACAACUAUCUGGGAGAAAGCGGCAUCAGUGUUGACGAGAACGAUCUUCGUCCUUCGUCGAGGUCAAAUGGCCAUGCUUCUUCCGAGAUGGUCGCCGACCUUGAAAGCAGGCUUGCUGAACGUACCCGGCUGCAUGAGAAUGCCGAGCGAGAGUUGGCCCAGGCUCUCCGCAGGAAGCGAGACGUGGAGGUGCAAGUGACGCAACUCAGCUCUCAACUUGACACCCUGCGGUCUACUCAGACGCCUGGAAGCAACAGCGAUGCUGAUGCUCGUGCACAAGAGGCUGAAGAGAAGCUCGAAAUGGUUGAGCAGGCGCAUGCUGCCAAGCUCAAGCAGCUUGAGGACGACUACAACAUUGCCGUGCACUACGUAAAGGGCACAGACAAGAUGAUGCGUCGCAUGCGGGAAGAAGUGAACAAGUACAAGAUCACGAACACCGCCCUGCAAGAUCAGCUCGACGCAGUCCGGAACGGCAAGGCUGUCGACCCACGACUCCUCCGCAGUCUUAAUGGGCGUAGCACACCAUCAGACGACGAGCGCUCGCAUCUCGUUGAUGCUCAGAGACAAGCCCAACGCCUCACUGGCGAGAAUAAGGAGCUUCGUCUGCGCCUGGAGAAUCUUGAGAAAGAGCUUGAGCUUCUUCGCAGCAACUUACAGGCUUCACAGCAGGAGGCAGACGAUCGCUAUGCUCAAGUUGAGGAACUCCAAAUGGACAUCGAACGGCUACAGCAAUCACUUGUUAUUGCUCGUGGUGGUCCGGAUGAGACGCUCAUGGAGAAACUACAUAACGAAAACACAGCCCUUCGCCGAGAAAACGACCAGCUAUCACAUAAAAUUGCUCUACUGCUAGAGGUCGACGAGCCAGCAUUUGCCCGCAGACCAAUGUCGGGACGUAUGAGCACGUCUAGCUCAGAGAAUGCGAUUGCCUUUGAAAAUUUAUCCAGCGAAUUGGACGACUGGCGACGACAACUUGCGGGCUCUAUGAGCAGUCGACGGCCAAUCAGCGAACUCGAGCCACCUGUUGCAGAGCAGUCACGGUUGCCUCGGUCAUAG